GUGCCAUCGUUCGAAUACGAUUAACAUGUCACGCCUCAAACUUUUACGUCUAUUUUGGACUUUCGUGUGUGGCAAUCGAGAGAGAGCACUGUCUUUUCAAAAUCAACUAAAAUUCCACUGAAGAGAAGUAUAACAUGGCUUAUGCCGUGUGUUCCAAGUUUGCUAUUUGACCUAUGUGUUUGAGUAAACAGCAUGAGACGGGGAGAAUACUUGUUUCAAAACCAUACACAACAGCAGGGUUCUAUGCCACAUAAAGCGCACUGCAAGUACCAAGUAUUCUGUUACGCUUGACGCGCGCAUGAAAACGUUGGAAAAAUUGCUGCGAAAAGCUUGCCGGUACUCACGCAAGGGUUUUCUCUCACGCCUCGCUUCUUGAAGAGAAAGAAGCUUGCGUCACAUACUUGUGUAUCUCACAAGAGCGAUAACUGCUUCAGGCUAUCAUAAUUGCCUUUGGUGUUGAGAAUUCAGGAGAUAUUCCCAGACUUUGGAGCAACUAUUWAUCAGAACCAUGUCUGCUGGAGAACGUUGGAGUGUGUUACUGGCUUUUAUUCUCUUCAUCCAUGUACGGGUCUUCGUUUCAAGCGGAUCCAUAACAAAGGGAGUGUGUCCAUAUCUUCCUCCGCCAACAUACUGUCAGGACAAUUAUAAUCUCUGCAACAGUGAUGUUGACUGUGCUACUUCUCAAACUAACUUCAAAUGCUGCUCAAAUGGCUGCAAGAAGAUCUGUGCUGCUUCUGUUACAGAAAAGUCAGAAGUACCUUCACCUGCACCUUCUGAACUACCCAGGCCUGGGAACUGUCCAUUUCUGUCAGUGCCGAAGUUCUGUAUUCCAGAAAUAAACGGAUGCUCUAAUGACUUCGACUGUAAAGACCAAUUCAAGUGCUGUUCAAAUGGAUGCGCAAAGAGAUGUUAUAUUGCCACGACAAGAAAAGCUAAUGAAAAUGGUAACGUAGAACAAAGAAAUGCGACUUGUCCUCAUUUUCCAACCAAUAGCACCAACUGCCCCGCUGGUUCCUCUGACCAAUGCAACAGCGAUACCAACUGCCAUGAUCAAGGUAGAUCCUUUAAAUGCUGCUGGGAUGGAUGUCGGAAGAUUUGUCUCAACCCUUCUGAAGUAGAGCAAACGAAAGGAAGAAGUUUAUGCCCCGUUCUACGUCGGAAUGCAAGAUGUACUAACUUCCGGCAUGAGUGUAUAUCCGACAGCGAAUGCAGAGACGGGAAAGUAUGCUGYUCUGAUGGCUGUACUAUGAACUGCGUAGGGCCAAAAGCUACUGCUGAGGCCACUUCGUCUCCAGUUGCUGGCAGGACUGCGCCUGCUGUCCAUAAAAUAUUCCGACUUGACAAGUGCCCGUUCAUAACGAGACCUUCUCGGUGUCCUCUUGGGGCCCUCCACCAGUGCUAUAGUAACCAAGAAUGUCCCAAAAGCUUGAUGUGUUGUUCUGAUGGCUGCCGAAACAUUUGCUUCGAUAUAACUAAAGAUAUUUCYCUAUUGACGUGUCCAAUUGCUCGUCGUCCCAAAAGAUGUCCCGAGAACAACCAAAACUUUUGCRCUGAUAAUAGCGACUGUGAAAAUGGGCAAAAAUGUUGUUAUGAUGGCUGUCARUACAGAUGCUUUGGAAGAGAAGGAUUCGUAGACGUUGUAAGCGAUAGUCCAGUGGUCAUUCGACCAAUGCUCUCUGCAGCUGAAGUGGUAUUUGUGUUGGAUACYUCAGAUGGGCCAACUUUUGAAGAAUUCGAGCUCCAAAAAUCCUUUGUAACAUCUUUGAGUCAUUAUUUUGAACUUGGAACAAACAAGGUUCGCGUUGCAGUCGUUGCAUCUGAUCAAAAUGCAAGGGUAGUUAARUACUUGUCACCGUAUGUCACCCAAGCUGACKUCGAGAGCUACAUGAUACGACUUUACAAGCAAGGGGGAAGCAGAGAGCUMAGCUCUGCCUUUGAGGUUAUCGAGAGAGACAUUUUAAGUGCAGCAAGACCAAACGUAGCACAAAUUGUCAUCAUCUUCUCAUUUGGCCUGCCAUCGUCGAGCGUUUGGAAUCUUCUCACAUCUGUUCGUGGUUUAUACACUUCUGGAGUUAAGUUCUUUACCAUUGGUAUCGAUGUGCAACACGAUGAAGCUCAACUUCGGGCUCUUGUUUAUCGUCCUACAGACCUGUUUACGUUUUAUUCUGGCAGCCAACUGGAACAGAUGGAAGGUUUUUUUGUUGGCCAUAUUGGUUCCCGCGCAGACCCCGAUGCCGUUCCCGAGAAUUUCAAUGCGGAUUUGAUCUUUAUUCUUGACUCUUCAAAUUCCGUUGGCCGAGAAAACUUCACCAUAGUCAAACGCUUCGUGGUGUCUUUGUCUCGACUGUUGAACUUAGAGCCCCGAAAAACGCGAGUUAGUCUGAUAUCCUUCAGAGACGUGGUUGCAGAAAUCUCUUUUAACUUUGAGAGAUAUGAUUCUAUUUCUAAACUGAGGGAUGCAAUUAAUUGGUUGGUAUUCUUGGGAGGACGUGCAAGAGUUGAAAGAGCUUUGGAAAAGGCUAACGAGCUCCUCGGGGAAUCUAGAACUGGAGUGAGAAGAAUUGCUGUAAUGAUCAYCGAUAAGAAUUACUUGGCUGGAGAGGAUCGACCAUUAAAACAGACCAUGUUACCGCUCAGAAAUAAGGGCCUUGAAAUGGUUACUUUGGUUGUAGGUGGAAAUCAAAAUGAUGCCAGAAGACUGACAGGUUUAACGACAAGGUCAACAGAUAUAUUUACUGCAACAAGCUAUGGUGAUUUACCAUAUCUUGUGCCUCCAAUUGCUAAGUACAUUGCCCAUGGCCCUCCACCAACUACAGUCRGACCAACAACAACAGCUGCGCCAUCAAUUGAAACCCGUUCAACAACUAGUAAAGCCGAACCCAUAACUCCCAAACCAACCCGCAGUCCGCGACAGACGACAUUUGUGAUACCAGAUGUGGUAACACAGGCACCUGUAACUACUGGACAAAAACAUCAAUAUCAGCAGAAACCCACCACUUAUAUGAAUUAUGUUGCCGCAGGAAACAGACCAACUCAACAUAUCUUAAUCAAGCCAGGAAACUGUCCUCCUAUCACGAGGCAGAGCUGUCAAAAUCCUCAGAGACUUUGUUUUACUGACAGGGAUUGUAAGGCUGAUGCAAAAUGCUGCUCCGAUGGAUGCACCAUUACUUGUGUAAGACCAGUCACUAAUACCAACGUACAGAAUGCUCCAUCAAGGAUAAGGCCAAAGGCAGGCAUAUGUCCCACAGUAUCACGUAUUGGAAUCCCAUGUCCUGGUUCUGAUCAGUGCAAAACGGACAAUGACUGCGCGGAAAAAAAGAAGUGCUGCCUCCACUAUUGCCGACUACUGGUUUGCGUCGAGCCUCCUUCACAGGCCGAGGAACGGAGACUAACGAAUCAACUUUAUCGCCCUGGCAAAUGUCCAAUCUUGCAGAAGCCUAAUGUGUGUCCAUCGAUAACGACGAUAGAAUGCAAUUACGAUGUUGAUUGUUCUCRACAAAAGAAGUGUUGUAGUGAUGGCUGUCAUCGUAGGUGUGUGGAGGCUGUUGGUACGCCUACCCCGACCAGAAAUGGCGGCGGUGGUAACGGUGGUGGGGUAGUUCGUACUCCAUUUCCUGAUCAAGGCACAAGACCAGGAAUCAUCGCAGGACUCUGUCCACCUUAUUCACCUGUCAAGAAAUGCCCUACACAGGUUCAAGAUGAGUGCACUUGCUCUCCCGACUGUGCGUCUGGUCUCAAAUGCUGCUUUGAUGGAUGCAAGAGAAUAUGUAGAAAACCAGCAGGCAAUGUAUGCUCGGCACAGGUAGACAUUGUUUACCUCAUGGAUACAUCGGCCAGUAUCAGUGUUGAUGACUACCGUCUCGAAAAACAGUUCGUCAAAGAUUUAGCACGAAUCUUCCGUAUCGAUAUUGAUGCGAGCCAUGCUGCUGCUAUUAUCUACAACGACGAUCCUCAUGUGAUGAUCAAGCUUGGAGAUCACAAGUCCACCGAUGAUUUUGCUAAGGCUGUUGAUGCUAUUCCUUACUUGCGCGGAAGAACAAGGAUCGAUAAAGCCUUGGCAGCAGCUACAGAAGUAUUCCGUAAUGCAAGAACAACUGUACGAAAAGUGUUAGUAGUCCUCACAGACGGUCGCCAAACCCAAGAUCCAGAUGCUGUAGCACUGGACGCCGCAAGCAAACCUCUGAAAGAUAUGGGAGUUAAAAUAUACUCCGUGGGUGUUGGUCACAAUAUUGACUUGAAAGAACUGAGACAAAUUGCUAAUGAUCCAGCAGAUGUCUUCACAGUUGAUUCAUUUACAGCUUUGUUAGGAGAAUCUCAAACUGUCGCAGCAAGAGCCUGUGGAGAUGCCAGCGCUAAAAUCUGCGUACAAGGCGUAGACCUUGGCUUUAUUGUCGACUCCUCAGAGAGCAUCAUCGAUGCYGAUUUUGUGCGUGAGAAAAAUGCAAUAAAGGCAAUCAGUGACGAAUUUGUCAUCGCACCAGAAAGUACUCGCGCCGGCGUUUUGUUGUACAGUGGCGAGCCUCACGUAAGCAUAGGUUUUGACCAAUACGCAAGCAAUGCAGAUUUCAACCGUGCCGUGAACGCUCUACCUCACAUGCAAAGCCAUACGAGACUUGACAAGGCGUUGCGCUAUGCAGCGUCUAAUCUUUACGACAAACGUCGUCCAGGAAACCCUGCUAUUGCUAUAGUCAUGACUGACGGAAAACAAACUCCUGGAGCAGAAUCCCUAACUACUGCUGUUAAGCCUUUGCGUGACCUUGGAGUGCGGGUAUUUGCUGUGGGUGUAGGACCAAGAGUGUCUCAAAGUGAGUUAAGAGAGUUGGUUGAGAGGUACGAAGAUAUCUAUACCGUAGAUUCUUUCACUCAACUGAUAGAAGAAGCGAAGAAGGUUACAGAGAGAGCUUGUCCUCCCCCCAGCCAAACUAUUCUCCCUCCUGUUACGAUUCCAACAGCAUUUCCAACAGCAUUUCCAACCCCAUAUUCAACUCCAUCUCUAGCCACUCCAACCACACAUCACAGAGUUACUCCAUCAGCAUUAGCGUCAUUGGCUCCAACACCUCCCACGGUCCAGUGCUCUCAUUUUCUGGACAUUAUAUUCGUCAUGGACUCCUCACGAAGCAUGGACUUGAGAGAAUACGAAAGACAAAAAGAUUUUGUGAAGAGACUUUCCAAAAUAUUCAAUGUAGGUCAAGGUAGUCGAGGAGCUGUGAUCAUCUACAGCGACGAUCCUAUACUCAGUAUUGACUUUGAAAAGUACAACACGCUUAAAGAGUUCACCGAUGGCGUCGAUGCCCUUCCAUAUAUCAUGUUGAGGACUCGCAUUGAUAAGGCGUUGAACAUGGCUUCACAGGUUCUUUUGGACGCUCGGCCUGGCUUUCCCAAGCUAGUUAUCAUGAUGACGGAUGGACGCCAAACACGUGACCCUGAUUACGUCCCGUUAGAUAAGGCGGCGCAACCACUGCACAACGCAGGCGCACGUGUCUUGGUGGUUGGCAUCGGACCGCAAAUCAGUGUUUCAGAACUUGUGUUGAUGGUGAAUGAUGCAAGUGAUGUUUUCACUGUUAAAUCAUUUAAUAGUUUGGUUCAUGCCGCUAGUGAUGUUGCCGCAAAAUCAUGCCAAGGACCGUUUCCUUCAAUUGUCCCUUAUACGUGCUCCGAGACCUUUGAUCUAGCAUUUGCCAUGGAUUCUUCCGGUAGUAUGCUCAUUUCCAGCUACACCAAGGAAAAGGAUUUUGUCAAGCACGUUGCAGGACGUUUGGUAGUUGGUCCCAGACAAGCCAUGCUUGGACUCCUGGUGUUCAGCGAUCAGCCAAGAGUUUUGGUCAGAUUCGCAUCUCAGGCGAGUGUCUCUCUGCCUGCCUUUGAUGCUGCAGUGGAUAGAGCACCGUACCUGAGGGGACGCACUCGGAUCGAUAGAGCUCUUCAAUCAGCUUUCACUCUUUUCAAUGGCGGUCGAAUUGGUGUCCCAAAAGUGUUGGUCUUCUUAACAGAUGGCCGCCAAUCGUCUGACCCAGGUGUARCCCCCCUUGAGGAGGCAGUUAAACCAUUAAUAGCGCAGAACGUCAAGAUAAUAGUGGUUGGCAUAGGACAUGAAAUAGACAGAAGACAAUUGACCAUCCUAGCUAAUGGUCAGGGAAGAGACAUAACUCAAAUUGGUUCUUUUGAUGAUUUGGACAAGUUGAAGAAGUCUUUCUCGCAGACAAUAUGUCGUCGAGUUGAAGACGUAAUCCAGAGCGGAUCACCUUAAUUUUGACGGGUUCCUGACCACUAAUAAUAAAGACCAGAUUUAGGUAGUCUUAUAUCAAGAAUAUUAUCAUAGCUUAGAUGACCACUAAUCUUUAUAACAUGCUUAACAAUUUUCUUUUUGMAUUUCUCUGAAAAGAAUACGGUGCUCCGCGAGGUUCGUCUUCCCAGCAUCAAAACAUCUUCAUACACUUUACUUUCAACCAUCUAUAGRAUUUUGUUUGAACACGAAUAAAUGCGUAUUAGCUACGCUUUCCAUACAGUCGUUGUGGAGACAUUUUACUUCAAGACUCAUUUACAAUCUAUAUCCUGAGCCUCUCUCUCAAGGUUAAGAAAUCACAAUGUAAAAGCGAACAGGAUAUUUUAACUUCGAAUAGUUCAGCUUGAAUAAGAAGCAAAUUAAAAAUGGAAGAUUUAGGUAUAUGUCUUAAAUUCCAUCAACAGGUCAUUGAAAUGAAACAAUGUGAUGUUAUACCUGAGGUCAAAAUUCUAUAGUUUCUGCUCUCUCCUGAUUGGUUCCAGUGUUCUUUCUACAUAACGAUUGGUUAAUUUUGUCAGAGUGGUUUCGCGGUUAGCUACAUGAAGGUCCACAUUGUAAAUUGCUCGACGCACUUUUAAAAAAAAAAAGUUUUAUAUUAACACAGGGGGUCGGAAAAUAACUGACUUUGGUCAGUGAAAUACCUAAUCAUAGACUUAAAGCAAGAAGGUGCUACUUAAAGUAACACUUAUUGCGAUUGGGGUCUAGCAGUAUUUUGCAGAAAUAUAGAUUUAAACAAUAUCAAGCUAAGAUAAUGUAUCUAUACUAAACUUUUGAAAAGAUUUCAAAUUUCAAUGUAAAUUUAUAUCAUGAACUUAACAAGUUGAAACCUUUCCCGAAGUUCUCAAAGCAGGUCGGAUUGUUUACGAUUUCAUGUGAAGGAUCGAUGGCGGGAUUGACUGCGGCAAGCCGGGAAUUAAGGGCAUCCUUGGGAAGCGGAGCGAGCUUCAUAAGUUGAGCUGAUCUCCUGAUCUGAUUGAUUCGCCACGAGCUUUGAACUUUGGGAAGGUGUAAUGCUAAAUAUCAAGCUGACUGACGCUUUUAAUUUACGACUAGCUUUUUAGAAUUUUUGUGAGAAGGAUAGUAGCUAGCUUUUUGAGAACUGAAUCCAAACAGAUCCGAACCGCGUUGCGUAACACGAAAUCGAGUGUUAUUAUCAUUAGAAAUCAUAAGCUGAAGAUAUAAACGAAAGUUCCAAAAAUAUAAUCAAAUUUCUAGGGAAAAUAGAAUAAAAUGAAAUAAUAAAUGCUUUAAUUUAGAUAUGCAAAAAAGGCGGGUUCAUCUUUASCUAUUAUUUGAAAUUAUUAUUAAAUUAAUUUUUUGA